AUGAUGUAUAAAAGAAAGCCGUAUAGUCUCGUCAUAGUGAUAGUGGUGAUAUACUUAGUGUAUUUGUUUGUGAGUACCAUCAGAUAUCCACAGCAUCAAACGGCCACCGAACACCAAAGCUCCAAGCUAAAAACAGCAGUUGACACGGAGAAGAAUACCAAUUUUCUUAAGCAGGGCUCUGGACUCCACCCCACUUUGAAGCUGAAGCUUGAAGAUGAGGCCACAGUGAGACAACAACUCUCCUUCCAAUAUCCUUAUGACUCCAAGAAGCCAUUCCCCAAAAGAGUAUGGCAGACGUGGAAGGUUAAGCUUGAAGACGAACACUUCCCAGCGAACUAUAAGAGAUUCCAUCAGCAAUGGGUCAAUUUGAACCCGGACUAUUAUGUGAAUGUCGUGUCGGACGAUGAAUGCUCUGAGUUGGUCAAGACUUUAUAUCGAGGUGUCCCUGAUGUCGCUCGGGCAUAUAACAUAAUGCCCAAAUCGAUUCUUAAGGCCGAUUUCUUUAGAUACUUGAUCUUAUUUGCUCGAGGCGGAGUUUAUUCAGACAUCGACACUCAAGGCUUAAAGCCUGUCAACGACUGGCUAUCCAUGAACAAAACCAUUUACGGUGAUGUCAAUAAAGUAGGCUUAGUGGUAGGCAUCGAAGCCGAUCCUGAUAGACCUGAUUGGGCCGAAUGGUAUGCCCGGAGAAUCCAAUUCUGUCAAUGGACCAUGCAAUCGAAAGUCGGUCACCCCAUGCUUCGAGAAUUGAUUGCUAACAUCACAGACCAGACUCUUUUAAGAGAGAAGAAUCAUCAACUAAAAAAAGUGUUGGGUAAAGAUGAAGGAGGAGACAUUAUGAACUGGACAGGACCAGGGAUUUGGACAGACAAAGUGUUUGAAUAUAUGAAUAACGUCAUGCAACAACCAGACAACUUUAAGACCAGGAAAUACGACGAUAUCAUCACGUGGAAAAUAUUUACAGGAACUUCCAAGGCAAUAGUUGUUAGUGACGUUUUAGUUCUUCCUAUUACGUCAUUCAGUCCUGGGGUUGGUCAAAUGGGAGCAGGGCACAUAUCUCAUCCUAUGGCUUAUUCACAGCAUAUGUUCCUGGGUAGUUGGAAACCUGAACUGGAAAGAUGA